AGACGCUGAUAGGACCAUGCCGCGCGCGGUGGCCUGGGGCGUGGUCGCUGUGCUGUUGGGGCAGGCAGUGCUGUGUACAGCCUCGACCCCGGCGUGCGACCACUCGGCCUCAGACCGUCUCGAGGAGGGGAUCUUCAGCUGCUACGACACGAGCGUGAAGCCGCCGAUGCCGCCCGGCCGAGCCAUCAAGGUCCACAUCAUGAUUGAGGUCACCGCCGUACACUACUUCGAGAACGAUGGCGUGCUAAAUGUGAGAAGCUACGUUUUUUUGCGGUGGCGUGAUGAGCGCUUGAUGUGGAACACCACCGGGCAUGAACCCGAGACCCUGCUCGUCAACACCGACUCGGUCUGGACUCCGGACAUCUAUCUGCUGAACGCCGCCUCCGAGUCGGGCCACGGGCCGCAGCGGCUCAGCAGGUGUCGCCUGCGGUCCAGCGGAGACCUGUUCUGCUCGUACGCCGGCCGGUUCUCCGCUCUCUGCCCGGGCGACCUCCGGAGCUGGCCCUGGGACCUGCAGACCUGCCGCCUGCAGCUGGGCUCGCUGCGGCUGUCAGCGAGGGACCUCGUGUUCAGCGUCUCCGAGAUGGUCGACUACACGGACAGCAGCAGUAGCAAGCCAGCGUGGGCUGUGACCAACAUGGCGGCGCACCUAGACACGUACCGCUCCUCGCGCUGCGCGAACGACAGCCACUCGCUGGCAGUGAUCGAGCUGUCCAUCCAGAGACAACCGGCCCAGCACCUGGCCCUGGUCUCGGGCCCCAUCGUGGUGUGGGCGCUCAUGGCCUUGAGCUCCUUCUGCAUCGACCCCGCGAGAGAAGAGCGCAUCGCGCUGUGCAGCUGGAACCUGCUCUGUCACGUGCUCUACAUGCACUACGUCAUCGCCAUCGUGUUCGGCAACCACGCCGACAGCAUCCCCCGCGUCGUGCUGUACCUGCGGGACUCGCUGCUGAUGGCGCUGGCGUCGCUCGUGGUCGCGGUGGUCGCGCGCCGCUGCUCGCUGAACACCUCGGCCCCGCCUGGCCUGCUGGUGGCCGCCGUGGUGCGCGCCCGGGCCCUGCUGCAGCUGCGCGCUCCAGCGCCCCUCAGCUUCAAGAUAGCGCACACGCGGCUGUCCGGCCACCAGGACAUCGACGAUCAGGACAGCUGCGAGCUGGUGGAGACGCCCGCCCGUCCGUUAGCCGUCAGCUGGGGGCAGGUCGUCCGUCUGGUGGACUUGCUUCUGCUGGCCGUCUUCGCCGCUCUUCACCUCGUCUUCUUGCUGGCGCUGCUGGCGUAGCCACAGCCUUGAUCCCACGAUAGCCCUGAUCAAACCUUCAUGCAGAGACUCGUUUACCGUUUACCAAUAGUUGUUUUGCUUUAAGAAACUGAUCACACUUAUUCACGCAAAUUCUUUUCAAGGACCUUAUUAAUUUGCAAAAAAUAAACAAGUAAAUAAAGAAUUUUACUUCCCGAAAUUGAAAGUGUUUCCUUUUUUUUAAAAAAAAUUAAGUCUUAUUUGUUGAGUAGGAAAAGUUUUUUUUUUUUUUUUUUUUUUAAGUUUUUUUGACCCUUAAACAAACAGCAGAUAUUAAAUAAUCCUUUAAAUAUUCAGAAAAUUUUGCAAUUUUUUUUUAAAUAUUUUCUUCCUAUGUCGGGUGAGCAGACUCACAACUCGGGAAAGUAUAAACCCACUUCUAAAAUAAUUUGGAUCUGUGAAAAAAUACACAAUAUGCAUAAUGAUGAUUUACUGUGAACAAACUUGACGAUAAAGUCAUAUUUAAAUUAAUAUGCAAUUUAAUGUAAUUAACUAACUUAAAUAAAGAAAUAUAUAU